UCAAGUUAAAAAUUUUAAUUGUGCUUACAAUCAAAUCUCUUGCAGGAAGAUGCUCCUCAAUAAUUUCUCCAGCACUGAUGGCCAUUUUCUCUUCAUUGCCUCCUCUUGGAAUGGCACUAAUCAGGUAAGUAGUGGAGGAUUCUUUGUGUCUUCUUCUGAUUAUAAAAUUUCUACUGUAGGUUGCAAGACAAAUUUGGCUGAAGCUCAGAUUGUGGCUGAUUUGCAGAUCCUUGUUACUACGCUGCAAGCUUCUUCUAAUCAUUCCUUGAGCAUUCAAAACAUUUUCGUUGAUAAUUCAAACAUUCCAACCCUCUUUCGUGCGGUUGAUUCUACUUGCUCUUGGCACCUGCUUACGUUGAUCAAUCGAAUUAAUCCCUUGCUGUCAAGUGCCUCUAAUCCCCACAUUCAUGUCAUUCCAAGAGAUUGGUUGAAAGUAUCAGUCAAGCUUGCCAUUUUUGGGUGAAAUCUUCAUGAGUUGAACUCGUUUCAUUCUGGGCGUGAUCUCCCUCAAUGGCUCAUGAAAUCUUUCCCUGAUUUUGGUUUUGUUUUAGU